GAGACGGUUUCAAUUAGCGUCCCACGGUCGCACCUGGUGGACCUACAGACAACCUGCUGCUGGCUGCAAACAUCAAAACAUACUCAGGUUCUCACUCAGUUGUUGUGUGGUGCAUCAAAAAAAAAGAAGAAAAAAAAAUCAAAUGGAGUCAACACCAAAAGAGGGUGAGGCGUUUCCUACACCUCCGCUGAACUUCCUACCAGAUGAAAGUCAAACAGGACGAGAUGUGAGGAUCUACCAUGUUCACUCAACUUUCAGCCCUCUACCACCUCCUCCUUCCUUCUCCUUCUCUCCCGGAGUCGGCUGCUCCACCCAAGUUCCAUCGCCUGUGUCAGUGUCUGCGCCCCCUCCGCCCACUCCCAGGCUGAAGUUUGUGAGCUAUGAAACGCAGCUGUAUCGCUCUCCAGCUCUGACAUCAUGCCCGGCCUGUCAGGCUCAGGUCACCACGCAGGUCACCCACAGAGUCGGGGCUUACGCGUGGCUCAUGUGUUUUGUGUUUGUGUUAUGCGGGUUGCUGCUGGGAUGCUGCCUGAUUCCGUUCAUUAUGAAACAUUUCAAGGACGCCCAUCACUCUUGUCCUCGCUGUCACCGGGUCCUCCACAUACACAGGAAGACGUGCUGCGAAUAAACACACACCUUGAACCACCAACAGAUUAAUCACCAGCAGAACUGUAAACUGGCUCUUGCAGUAAAAUGCAUUACCAUCUCAGAGUUGGUCUGGAUAACUUAAAAUAUAUAGAUGUUGAUGUAUAAUAUAUAAGGAGAAGACAUGUUGGCUCUAGUCGUAUGGAAUACAGAGAAUUUUUACUGUAUUUUAAUCCUGUUUUGUAACAAAAUCAUAUCAAAUAAAUGUUUGUUGUGGCA